AUGUUACUUCAUCGUCGUUUUCUCAUAGUCCUCGCCUUGCUCGUCAUUCCAACGGGGGUACUAUCACGAGGCGGCGGCCACGGUGGCUCUAGCAGCAGCAGUGACAGUGACAGCAGCAGUGGCAGCAGUGGCAGCUAUAGUGACAGCGACUCAAGUGGUAGCGACGAUACCUCAUCAACGUCUUCAUCAUCAGACGGGGGCACCAGUUGCACAGAUUCCCACCGCCUCGAUUUCCUCGAUCUCCAGCCUUACCACUACAACCAGUACAACAGUGACCCACGCCGUGGCCACGCCAGUGCCUACAGCGAGUUUGACGGCGUCUUCUUCAAAGGCGUAGCAAACUUUACGUACAUAAUCGAAGCGCCGCCGCCAAACAUCACCAGCCUCGGGUAUCCUUCAAGCAGUUCAAUCAAAUGUCCCGUAGGCGAACAGUCUUUCCGCAUGCUAGGCGUUGCGUGGGUUGCUGGCAAACCGCCCAGGCCUGCAGGACCCAAGAACCCCAUUGCGAUCGGGUUCAAGGCUUGGGAAAGCAACAUACGGCUGUCCGACAUCGACUAUUCGUAUAGUGUAUGUGACCAGGUGGACCUUAUGCGCUUCGGGACGACAGUGGACAUGAUCUACAGUACUUAUAAAAAUGUCUCUCUUGAUGCGAUGGAUGCCGUGGACCUGAAGAUUACGCAGGCGCCUGAGAACAGCGACAUGAUUCAGUUCGAGGGCGUCUAUGAUUUGAAGGACUGGGCAAAUAGUGAACGGAACUCUCGGGAACCAGAAAAGUACGAAAAUAGCGGCCUUUCCGACCAAAUGUUCUACCUUCCGGCAGGUAUAUGCUCGGCAGGGGAAAAAUUGGGCGAAGUGGGGAUGAGAUGGAAUGGGACGUUUGUCAAGGGGUCUAUGACCAAUGAGACCCUGCAGUUGAACUUGUCUGGCACAACGAUUGCUGAAUUCGAGAUUGACAGCAUGUAUGAAUCGACCUAUACCAAGGUUAAUGUGACUUUCGAAAUUGCAUUUACGGGGACUUUGGACGUUGCAAAUUCCACGCAGGUGGUGUUGACUGGCGCGGCGAGCCAUAACGAGUCACUGAUCACCUUUAAAAGGGCGAACAGUGCCACCAUUCCGGGACUGUCACUACAUUUGGCACUACUGUCUUUGUUGUUUUGUUCUACGUUCUUUUUAUGA